AUGUCACUACAAAGCAAUAGUGUAAAACCAACAGAGAUUCCUCUAUCAGAAAUCAGACGCCCCCUGGCGCCCGUAUUAGAUCCUCAGAAGAUCGACGCGAUGGUGGCCACAAUGAAGGGGAUUCCCACCGCUAGCAAGACGUGCUCGCUAGAACAGGCUGAGGCGGCUGCCUCAGCCAAAGAGCUGCCGCCCGUGGAUGUGUUGGGCGUGCGAGCCCAGGGACAGACACUAUAUUAUGCCUUCGGCGGCUGCCACCGUCUACAGGCAUACGACCGCCGGGCCCGCGAAACGCAGAACGUCGCCUUCCCCGUGCGCUGCAGGGUGCUACCGGCCACCCCCCGCCAAAUCCGCAUGUACCUGGGCAGCAGUCUCGACAUCGAAUAA